AAACUUCAAGUCUACUUUUUACACUUUCAAGUCUACUUUUUACAUUUAAAAUCUAAUGAUCAAAAUGAAAUUUUUUUCUCUUUUGUUAAUUACUAUCGCUUUAAUUGCAACAUUUGUUGUUGCUUCUCCAACUCCAAACGAAGGCGGUAGCAAAGAAAUUCAUGUCUCUAGCCCGGGAAGUGGCCCAUGGGCUGUCAAAUCUACUCAAGCUAUCAACUGGUGGUCUUUAAACAUUCCAUCCGAUUCCAUAGUUAUAGUUAAAGUUAUAGACAAGAGUACUGAUAAAGUUGUCUUCGAGGAUAAAAGCAAAUGCGGAACUGGAACCAUUAAUUUCGAAAUUAGUGAAGACUGGAACGUUAAGCAUGAAUUUAUUGCCGUUGUAUACCUCAAAGAUAAUGAAGAAUGCAAAGGAUUUAGUGAAAAGUUCAAAAUUUUCAAAACUGAGGAGUACGGUUAUGGCGGUGGUUACAAGAAAGAAUAUUAAUUAUUAUAAUUUGUUUAAAAAUUUUCUCUGUUAAUACUUAGAAUAAUAGACGUACACUUAGGACAUAACUUAAUAAAUUUGUAUUGACAUAAUAUAUUUCUUCUGAAUUAAAGAAUUUAAA